AGCAAACUCUCUCUCAUUCCCAAAAACAGGAAAAAUAUAAAAGUAAACACCUUGAAAAACUUUACGUAAACCCUAUUUUUUGCAAAAUUUCAAUUGAGAAAUUUGAGACUUUUCCCUGUUCAUCCCCAAAUCUGCCCUCUACCCAUCCCUUAUCUCCAACGCAAUUCGAAACCCUUUUCUUCAGUUCCUGAAAUAAUCCCUAUUUCAUCAACUAUACUUUAGGGCUUUUUUCAUCUGGGUUUUUAAUGGCGGAUGUUCUAAGAAAAUCCAUCGUUUUCUCUCCAAAAACUUCUCAUCGUAAUAAUCAUAGCAAACGUAAAUUUUUUCCCAUCAAAUGUUCAUUUCCUGCAAAUAAUGGAGGCAGAUUAGUUGGGAUUUCUUCGAGGAGUAGUUUUGGUGGUGUGGGAACUGCGGUUGAUCAAAAUCGCAAUAUUUGGUCUCAAAAAUCGAGGAACUUCCAAUCAAUUGGUGCCAAGAUGGGUCUUAGCAUUGGCAAAGCACAUAAGUGGUGGGAGAAAGGACUUCAACAAAAUAUGAGAGAGAUAACUUCUGCAGAAGACCUAGUGGAUUCUUUACUAAAUGCAGGAGAUAAUUUGGUUGUCGUUGAUUUUUUCUCUCCUGGAUGUGGAGGCUGCAGGGCUCUUCAUCCUAAGUUAUGUCAGUUGGCAGAGAUGAACCCUGAUGUUCAGUUUCUCCAGGUGAACUAUGAGGAGCACAAAUCCAUGUGUUAUAGCCUUAAUGUUCAUGUUCUCCCUUUCUUUCGGUUCUACAGAGGCGCUGAAGGUCGCGUGUGCAGCUUCAGCUGCACAAAUGCCACGAUUAAGAAAUUCAAGGAUGCUUUAGCCAAGCAUGGAACAGAUAGGAGCAGCCUUGCUCCAACUAAAGGGCUGGACGAGAAGGAGCUCGUUGCUCUUGCUGCUAACAAAGAACUUUCAUUUACCUACACAUCAAAACCAGUGGAAGCGGAACCUGUACCUGAGCACCAAGAAGUUUUAGUCAAUGCUGACGAUAAAGCUGCAGCGAAAGAGUCUCUUUCUUCCAACAGGAAAACUCUUGGCUCAUCAUCAACCUUAAGAUCUGCUCAAGAGAACGAAGAUAAAACUUUGGCCACUGCCAGGAGAUGAUUUUAAGUGUCUUCCUGGCAAUUUACUACUUGUACAGUACUGUAAUAUGUUUGUGGUGUGUAUUUUUAUUUUUAUUUUUAAUACCUGUAAAAAUGAAAUAUCAACUGUGGCAGAGUUUGGGUUCGUUUUAUUAGUCCAAACUUGCCAUGUCUGUGGAAUAGUACCGGAAAAUUGGUCUGCCUAAUGCAGCCUAUAUAGGGUCUGUUUUUAAGUCCCUGUGAAAGAAGAAAAUUGAGAGGAUGUUGAAUAGGAGCACGAGGAUGUGUGUUUAUGUAGUUUUUCACUUGGAUGUGUCUUUUCGGAAAAUUAUACUCCGAACUUUGUAUUUGGAUUUGUACUAUACUUUGUACCAAGUAUGUGGCAAUGUAUUAUGUUUGAAAUUAGCUAACAAUA